AUGAAUCUAAAACGCAGAAGGCGAAUAAUAAAGAAUAAAUAUUGUCCAUCGUCUUAUGCGGACUUUCCAUUUCUUGUUGAUAGACCAACAAUAAGUUAUUUAAAGAAAACUUACAACAAAGUUGUUUUCAUUUUGAGAGGGUUACCUGGUUCUGGCAAGUCGUACAUUUCAAACAAAAUCGUUAGGUGCUAUCCGCUGUCAUCUUACGUGUGCUCCGCUGACUUCUAUUUUACUAGUAACAAGGAUGGUUUGUAUAAUAUCUGUCCAGAAAAAUUGCCUGAAGCUCAUCAGCUUUGCAAGAAAUCAUUUUUUAAAGCGACAGUGGUUGGCAAACGACACAUAAUUAUAGACAACACAAAUAUUCAAAGAUGGGAAAUGGAUUCGUAUAUUAAAAUUGCUAAUCAGCACAAUUAUUUAGUUUUGAUUGUAGAACCUAAAACUCCUUGGAAAUCAAAUGUCGAAAAGUUACAAAAAUUAAAUAAACAUGGUUGUACAAGUGAAUAUAUUGAGUGUAGAAAAUGCCUUCUCCAUCCCAUUACACCAUAUUUUUGGGGCUUCUUUGUUAAUGAAUAUGAAUCUUAUCUCUUCACCAAAUUUGCUGAAAAAAAUUUUUACGAAUGCCUAAGUUUGUUUAAAGAAUUUGGAAAUGAUCUAGUAUCCACAUACAGUAAAAGCUUAGAAUACAAAAUGAUAUACAAUGUGAACUUUCAAAAACUGCUUCAUUGUACAACAUAUUUCGAAAAGGAGCUUAAAGAUUUGGAUAGCAAUGAAGAUUCAUACUCUUCACAAUCAGAUGUUAUUGGUUCAUUAGGUAAACAUUUCAAAUUAACGGUUUCAGGGUUUAUUUUUACACCAAGAACUAGUGGAGUUCUCAUAAAAUUGGACAAAAAGUGUUUAAAAAUUUGGAAAAGUGAAGAUGCUUUCAUGUAUAAAUUAGACAAAGAUGGCAAACUUAUUCCAAGCUGUUCUGAUGAAAAAACUUCAUGCAAAGAUGAAAUAAGUGAUGCAAUAUAUAAAAAAAUUUCAUUGCUUUCAUUAAAUAAUGAGCUUUCUAAAAACCGCUUAUGCAAUGUAUCUGAAUUUAUUCCUGUGAAUCAAAGAAUAGAACUGAAAGUUGGCUCAAGAGCCCAUUUGACUAUUGGUUGUACAGAUGGCAUUGAAGCUGUGCAAACAGGGUUUGAUGUGUUGAGUUUGAAAUAUAAGUAUCUACAAUCUGAUUGUUUGAAGAUUUGUUAUAAAAAUGAUUGUAGCUACAUUUAUUAUGGAGAGGGUGAAUGUAAAGUUUUGUUUGAUUGGCCAUUGCAAGUUGAGUCAUUAUUUGCCUCUUACUACCAGUGA